AUGCCCCGAAAACCAACUCCCCCUGGGAAGCAGAGAGUCCGGACAGGCUGUCUGACGUGUCGCAAGAGGCGGCGGAAAUGCGACGAGCAGAAACCGCGCUGUGCCAAUUGCGAAGUCAAGGGCUUCCCUUGCAAGUAUGGCACAGAUUUGGCCUUUGUGCCGCCCCGAUCGACUGAUGCGGGACUCGGUGCGGGCCAGGUCUACGGAUCUAUCACUUUUGUGGAUGACUCUCCCACGGCACAUGCCGCAGCGAAAGAGAAGUCUCAGCAACAUGACAGCGAUCAGUCGCGGCGUCAGUCUAUCAUUUCGGCCGCAGAGCCCGCCUCAAGGAAUGGGGAAAGCGCAAGGAAUCCACCGAGUGCAGCAGUGUAUCAGCAUACAUCCGAGACCCGCACGAUGCUGAAUCUUCACGAUAUGCUCACGUCCGAUGUGCCCCUUGAGCCGCAUCAAAGUGCGGCUCCCUAUCGACCUCCUACGACCACGGCAUCACAGUCGCCUCAUGACAGUCGUGGCUCGUUCAGUCAUGGUCCCCAGCUACCUCUUCGGGGUCAACUGGCACAUUCAGUCACAGCCUUAUUGGCGACUAAUCAGGAAACAGACCUCUUAAGGCACUUUCGAUAUAAAAUCUGUCCCUGGCUGGAUGUGGGAGACCCGGAGGGUGCGCUCGGAGUUCAGGCUCUUCUUCUUUCUCGUACUAACCGGCCGAUACAGGCGGCUGUCCUCGCCCUCUCUGCGAGCCAGCGAGUACUUACUGCUGACCCGACGCAUAUGGAGGACCACGACAGUGCCGUCCGUUUUGGAUCCGAGGCCGAGGAAACUCUUGCCUUUGAAGCAGAUCUAGUCAGGUCGGCGGGGCGAGCACUCCUCCUCUUUCAGGAUCUCUUGCAGUACGGACUACAACAAUGGAGAGACGUCCUUACGCCACACAUCGAAAGCCUUGGCUUUCUACUACACCCCGUUGCUAUGCAGGACGAGUUGGGCGAAGCAAUUUUCUGGCUUCAUUUUCGGCUCGAUUUGGCUACAUCAAUUCUCACCGCGAAACGACCCCUUAUUCAAUUUCGCUCGUACAUCAAUCGCGACGGCUCUCCGAUUCAAACCCCGCGCCCUCCCCUACAGUCACCUUCCGUCAAUCAAGUCUACAAACAUGCCUUGUCGUUGCUCGGCCACUGCCUCUCUUUAAUAUAUGGCGGCCCCGACGCCUCACACCCCCAAAGUGCAUCAUCGCCUUCUGAAUUUGCCGCCUUUUCCUCAUUGCCUCAGUCUCGCUUCCUGUCCCAAUGGACAUUUCUCUGGUCGGACUGCCAAAGAUGGUACAACGAACGACCCGUGGACGCGCAACAAAUCGUCGAUGUCCGCGGCGGCGAGGCGGAUAAGAUCGACCCCAACCGUGACUCUGCCUUACCAAUACUGAUCUAUACCACUCCAAUGGCGCUGGUCGCCAAUGUUGUUUAUCACAUCACCUCUCUACUCCUCUUGGGGUAUAAACCUCGUCUUCUUAAAUCCUUACCGGGACCACGAUGCUUCACAUCGCAUAUCUGGCAUGCGCAGUCCAUUGCCGGCAUCGCCGCUAGUAACGAGUCCUGCGAACAGUGGGACCCGGUGCUCAUUGCGAGUCUUCUGCUCGUCGCUCGAGAUAUGACCCAUCAAUCUCAACAAUCGGUACUGAUGGGGAUUUUUCGCCAAAUCACCGCGACUACGGGGAUCAACCUGGACCGCGAAACUGAAACACUCCAGUCGGGGUGGAAGAUUGCACGUUUUGACGAGGAUACGGAUGACAUGGACACGUGA